AUGGCCCCGGCAGAUCUGGACACAGCCAGCGUCCCAGCUGACGCACUGCACCCGAGGCCAGGCAGCAGGCCGACCGCGCUGCAGGGGAGCAGCCAGACACCGGGUGAGCCAGGCCAGGAGAGACGGGAAUCGGCGCUGGAAGCCCCACUGCAGCCAGCCAGCCGCCGGCCCGGCAUCAUCCAUCCCCCCUGCCAACCGCCGGCCCGGCAUCAUCCAACCACCCUGCCAACCGCCGGCCCGGCAUCAUCCAUCCCCCCUGCCAACCGCCGGCCCAGCAUCAUCCAUCCCCUGCCCGUCAGCCACCAGCCCGGCAUCAUCCAUCCCCUGCCCGUCAGCCCGGCAUCAUCCAUCCCCCCUGCCAACCGCCGGCCUGGCAUCAUCCAUCCCCCGCCCGUCUGCCCUGCAUCAUCCAUCCCCCCUGCCAGCCGCCGGCCCGGCAUCAUCCAUCCCCCCUGCCAGCCGCCGGCCCGGCAUCAUCCAUCCCCCAGCUGCCGGCCCGGCAUCAUCCAUCCCCCUUGUCAGCCGCCGGCCCAGCAUCAUCCAUCCCCUGCCCGUCAGCCCGGCAUCAUCCAUCCCCCCUGCCAACCGCCGGCCUGGCAUCAUCCAUCCCCCGCCCGUCAGCCCAGCAUCAUCCAUCCCCCCUGCCAGCUGCCGGCCCGGCAUCAUCCAUCCCCCGCCCGUCAGCCGCCGGCCCGGCAUCAUCCAUCCCCCAAGCACCGGCCUGGCAUCAUCCAUCCCCCCCGCCAAUCGCCAGCCUGGCAUCAUCCAUCCCCCCCGCCAAUCGCCGGCCUGGCAUCAUCCAUCCCCUGCCGGCCCAGCAUCAUCCAUCCCCUGCCUGUCAGCCCGGCAUCAUCCAUCCCCCCUGCCAACCGCCGGCCCGGCAUCAUCCAUCCCCCAUGCCAACCGCCGGCCCGGCAUCAUCCAACCACCCUGCCAACCGCCGGCCCGGCAUCAUCCAUCCCCCCUGCCAACCGCCGGCCCGGCAUCAUCCAUCCCCUGCCCGUCCGCCCAGCAUCAUCCAUCCCCCCUGUCAGCCGCCGGCCCAGCAUCAUCCAUCCCCUGCCCGUCAGCCUGGCAUCAUCCAUCCCCCCUGCCAACCGCCAGCCUGGCAUCAUCCAUCCCCCGCCCGUCAGCCCAGCAUCAUCCAUCCCCCCUGUCAGCCGCCGGCCCAGCAUCAUCCAUCCUCUGCCCGUCAGCCCGGCAUCAUCCAUCCCCCGCCCGUCAGCCGCCAGCCCGGCAUCAUCCAUCCCCCGCCCGUCAGCCGCCGGCCCGGCAUCAUCCAUCCCCCAACUGCCGGCCUGGCAUCAUCCAUCCCCCCGCCAAUCGCCGGCCUGGCAUCAUCCAUCCCCUGCCGGCCCGGCAUCAUCCAUCCUCUGCCCGUCAGCCCGGCAUCAUCCAUCCCCCCCGCCAAUCACCGGCCCGGCAUCAUUCAUCCCCCGCCCGUCAGCCCAGCAUCAUCCAUCCCCCCUGCCAGCCGCCGGCCCGGCAUCAUCCAUCCCCCCUGCCAGCCGCCGGCCCGGCAUCAUCCAUCCCCCAGCUGCCGGCCCGGCAUCAUCCAUCCCUCGCCCGUCAGCCGCCGGCCCGGCAUCAUCCAUCCCCCGCCCGUCAGCCCGGCAUCAUCCAUCCCCCAGCUGCCGGCCCGGCAUCAUCCAUCCCCCGCCCGUCAGCCGCCGGCCCGGCAUCAUCCAUCCCCCAACCGCCGGCCUGGCAUCAUCCAUCCCCCCCGCCAAUCGCCGGCCUGGCAUCAUCCAUCCCCUGCCGGCCCGGCAUCAUCCAUCCUCUGCCCGUCAGCCCGGCAUCAUCCAUCCCCCCUGCCAACCGCCGGCCCGGCAUCAUCCAUCCCCCAAGCCAAUCGCCGGCCUGGCAUCAUCCAUCCCCUGCCGGCCCGGCAUCAUCCAUCCUCUGCCCGUCAGCCCGGCAUCAUCCAUCCCCCCUGCCAACCGCCGGCCCGGCAUCAUCCAUGCCCCGCCCGUCAGCCGCCGGCCCGGCAUCAUCCAUCCCCCAGCUGCCAGCCCGGCAUCAUCCAUCCCCCAGCUGCCAGCCCGGCAUCAUGCAUCCCCCAGCUGCCGGCCUGGCAUCAUCCAUCCCCCACCCGUCAGGUACCAGCCCGGCAUCAUCCAUCCCCCGCCCGUCAGCCCGGCAUCAUCCAUCCCCCACCUGCCAGGUACCAACUCGGCAUCAUCCAUCCCCCGCCCGUCAGGUACCAGCCCGGCAUUUACCAUGCCCUGCACCACCCUAGCAUCAUCCAUUCCCCACACCAGCCACCAGCCCGGUAUCAACCAUCCCCUGCCUGCCAGCUCGGCAUCAUCCAUCCCCCCGCACCAGGCACACUGGCACUGCGCCCAUUCAGCCUGGUAG